GUCGUCUUAUAAGCGGGCCGGGCCGGUCUCCGGGUCAUUCUGCUCCGGUUCUCCCUCGGUUCUCCUGCUGGAUAGAACCCGGAGGCGGUCUUCUCAGGCGGACUCUUUCCCUGCUGGAUCCAGCUAACCUCCGUCACCAUGGGGGACUGGAGCGCUCUGGGUCGUCUGCUGGACAAGGUCCAGGCCUACUCGACGGCUGGAGGGAAGGUGUGGCUGUCGGUGCUCUUCAUCUUCAGGAUCCUGGUUCUGGGGACGGCGGUGGAGUCAGCCUGGGGCGACGAGCAGUCGGCCUUCAAAUGCAACACGCAGCAGCCCGGCUGUGAGAACGUCUGCUAUGACAAGUCCUUCCCCAUCUCCCACGUCCGCUUCUGGGUGCUGCAGAUCAUCUUUGUGUCGACGCCCACGCUGCUCUACCUGGCUCACGUCUUCUACCUGAACCGGAAGGAGCAGAAGUUCAACCGGAAGGAGGAGGAGCUGAAGGCCGUGCAGAAUGACGGCGGCGACGUGGACAUCCCGCUGAAGAAAAUCGAGCUGAAGAAGCUGAAGUACGGCAUCGAGGAGCACGGCAAGGUGAAGAUGAAGGGAGCGCUGCUCAGGACCUACAUCGUCAGCAUCUUCUUCAAGUCCAUGUUUGAGGUGGGCUUCCUGCUGAUCCAGUGGUACAUGUACGGCUUCAGUCUGUCUGCUGUCUACACCUGUGAACGUGCUCCGUGUCCUCACCGGGUGGACUGCUUCCUGUCCCGACCCACCGAGAAGACCGUCUUCAUCAUCUUUAUGCUGGUGGUGUCUCUGGUGUCGCUGCUGCUCAACGUCAUCGAGCUCUUCUACGUCUUCUUCAAGCGGAUCAAGGACCGGGUCAAAGGCAAGCAGCAGUUGACGCUGUACCCGAGCGGCGGCACGCUAAGCCCCGCCCCCAAAGAGCUGUCCACCACCAAGUAUGCCUACUACAACGGCUGCUCCUCGCCCACCGCCCCGCUGUCGCCCAUGUCGCCUCCAGGCUACAAGCUGGCUACCGGGGAGAGAGGGACCGGCUCCUGCCGAAACUAUAAUAAGCAGGCCAACGAGCAGAACUGGGCCAACUACUCCACAGAGCAGAACCGGCUCGGCCAGAACGGCGGAGGAAGCACUAUUUCCAACUCUCAUGCCCAAGCCUUCGACUUCCCCGACGACACCCACGAGCACAAGAAACUGUCCUCGUCAGCGGGACACGAGCUGCAGCCGCUGGCGCUGAUGGACGCCCGGCCCUGCAGCCGGGCCAGCAGCCACAUGAGCAGCCGGGCCCGGCCGGACGACCUGGACGUCUAGAACCGGGCUCCUCCUCCACCUCUGCCCAGCUGGGGGCGGCCAAUCAGGAAACACUUGAUGACAUCAGAGGCGGGACUAACCUCAGUCUGCAGUAGAGACUCUUAGUCGGUCAAAGACUCGGUAACACUGUCAAGGUACAACAUCUGUAACUCUAGAGGCCUUAACCCAGAACCAGCUCCAACAGGGACCCUCCUUAGAACUAGAACCAGGUCCAAUAGGGAUGCUCCGUAGAACCAGAACCAGGUCCAACAGGGAUGCUCCUUAGAACUAGAACCAGGUUUAAUAGAGAUGCUCCUUAGAACCACAUUGGUUCCCUGACUGACUGAUUGGAUUUUAACUUGCUGAGGUUCCAUGUUUGGUUCUGUCCCGUUGGUUCAUCUUCCAGCUGAGGUGUUCUGGCAGCUUUAGAACAGAGUCAACCCUGUUCUGUCCCACAAACACUGAGUGGUUCUUCAUGAUCAGACUCCAGACCUGAAAAUCUGAACUAAUCUGAACUAACCCAGACUAAAUGAAUCUGGUCCAGAUCUAGUAAAGGCCCACUUUAGAUCAACUCUGUGGUGUUAAAGAAUGACGUUCAGAACAUCUCAGCAGGUCUCUGGUGGAGAACAGAUGGAUCAGAACCAGUUCUAUACUUUAACCUGUUUCCCCUGAAGCUGAACCUUUGAGAGUUUCCAUCAGAACCGUUCCUGUAGAACCAGUUUUCUUGCUGUUUUCAGGGAGAACAGAGUUCCUCCAGGUUCAGUUCUUCUGAGCGGCCUUCAAACAUGGACGUGUGGUUCUCUAUGCUAAUUGGUUAAACUCAUAGAGGACAGAUCUGAUUGGUUUUGGUCACUGUGAGUUCUUCUUGAAGCUGCUGGAUAUCCGAUGGAACCAGAAACACUGAAAGGUUCUUCGGGUAAAGAUCAGUUCUAGUGUUCUUCAGGUUCCAGGGUUUAAACUGUGGGGUCUGAAUGAUUAAUUAUCAAAUAUUAAAUUCAUCUCCAGCUGCUUUGAUUCGUCAGUUUGAUUCUUUAUGAAUAAAAACUACUAAAUUCAGUGAAUAUUUCUGGGUUCUUUGCUCUGACAGUAAACUGGAGAUCUCUGAAUUGAACCAGACAUUUAAAGAACUCGGAUCUACAUUUUUAGGUCUAGUCAGACAUUUAGAACUAAACAGCUGAUUGAAUGACAGAUUCGUGGAGGUGUUGGAGCUUCUGUUCUAAAGCUGGUCUGAACCUGAAGGAACCCCUGAGCUGCUCUGAUGUUUUUAUGUGAUUAAUCUGAAUAAUUUCCAUCCAUCCCUGAGGUGACCUACAGAAAGGCUGUAUUACGUUUGUUGGUAUUUAUUGUCCUGCUUCGACCACUAAGAGGAAUAAUUGACUACUAUCCAGAAUUGUAGAAACAUCUUCCAUCAUCAGCCCCUCUAACUGUGUAUUUAUUGACGGUCUCCUUUGUUUCUUGUGUAAGUUUGUCAGUCAGCAUGGGCUGUUCUUUCCUGAGAAACUUUGAAUUUGUGUUCUGUUGUGUUUCAUGUGUGUGAGGGUGUGUCAGGAGGCUGGUCUGGCUUCAGAAGGUUCUAGCAUUCCAUGGUUCUCCUCCAUCUCCUGAGAGGAACGCAGCAGAGUGGUUUUCAUAUUUGCGUGAGUGAUUUUUUCGUUCUGUAGGUUUUGUUUUGUCUUUCAGACUCGAUGUAACCGUUGCUGCUUCCGAAUAGAGAUUAGUACUGUAAAUCAAGCUAACUGUCACAGUAAAAAUGUGAGUUUUUAGAAGACUGCUUCUAGAUCUGGACUAAUAUUUAGUCAUUUUAUGAGACGUAUGCCCAUGUAGCUCCACCACCACAACAACCCCUAGGAUAAAUCUGGACUCUUCUCUCUGUGCUGGAAUGGUUGAACUUGGUUUAUUUGGUACUUACAGAUGUCAUGGAUCUUCAGCUACAGUGGCGAUUGCACUGAGACGUUGGUGACGGAUGGAAAUGUAAAAUGAUUCACCAGGAAGAGCCUCAAGGGUUUAGACAUGUUACUAAUUUAUUUUAUAACAGAAUCACUCCAGUGCAUAAUCUGAGAGCAGUGAACAGACGGUCCACUGUUGUACAGGAAACAGCUCCUUCUCUGUAUCUGUGAAAAGCUAUUUUAACCAAUAAAUAUGUUUCUGUCUCA